AUGGUGUCCUCACUCUAUACGACUGUCAAGACCAGCAUUAGUCUGCUUGAAGCUACUGGCUGCAAUUCGCUGGAUACAAUUCAAUGUCGGCUCCUCCUUGUCCUCUAUGAGAUGGGGCAUGGAAUUUAUCCCGCUGCUUCCAUAUCUAUUGGAGCAUGUGCGAGAGCAGCUCGCAAUUUGGGUCUCCACCCUGGUAGUUCGGAAGCGGCGGAGCCUACCUCGAUGGAGGUCAUCGAGGAAGAGAGAAGAAGGACGUGGUGGGCGGUGCAUAAUCUCGAUAGAUUCAUCAACCUCUACGGCGGCGACGCUGUUUUCGCCACCGAAGAUGCGAACAUAGAAGACCCCCUUCCAGCUGAAGAUGGGUCGUGGUCGCAAAAUGCUUUGCCGGAUACCGUCAGGGCAAAUCUGUCUACUCCUGCCGCCUUCAAAGUAGGCCAGUUUGCACGAGAAUGCCAGGUCUCACAUCUUGUUGGGCGCGUUGUUCGACACGUCUUUAACCCUAUCUCCGAUGCCAACUUUCAUGAAUAUGAGGCCGCGCAACUUGAGCGCACGUUGAUGUCGCUUGUACCUCUUCUGACUGAGGAAGAACUCAAGUUCAGAAACUACUGCGGGGCCUUGGCAAUGUGCAUAAGUUCCCUUUUCACACUAUACACGUCUCCCAUACUCCGCUCGAAGAACCGCGACUUCGACGAAUCUCGUACCUUACCCGCUAUAGACGCCCUAUCUACGAGGGUAGCCGAGCUUUCGGAACACCUUCUCGCAAUUGCUCAGGAUGAGACAAAUAAAAUGACAUUAUCGCCCUACCUUCCUUAUGUCUUGUACCAAACGGUGGUAGUGCAGAACCGGCUGUGGAAGCAGAAGAAUGACGUUACGUAUAAACAACGGGCAGAGACGAUAGCAACGAUUCUCAAAUGCUUUAGUAAGCGAUGGCAUGUUACAGGAAAUUAG